AUCCAUAGGAUCUGAAAUAAAUAACAGUGCAAUUAGGACACAAUUUUUCAAUAAUAAGUGAUAUCUUACUAUAUUUUAUUUAUCUAUGGCUUCAAGUAGACAUGCGCUUUUGUCUAUGUAUUAUUAAAGAAUAUCCAUACAUGUUGACCACGUUGGUAGAGUUGUAAAUUACAUGAUUUUGUAUUUUUGAUAUUUUAUCACUUUUAUCAUUUCACAUACAAAUAUGUAAUAAUUUGUAUUAUGUCGUAAAACUACUUUUGUAAAACUACUUGAAAUUACAAAUCUGACAAAGAUAUAUUAUGACAUAAGUACAAAAUAAAUGGCUAAACUAGAGAAUUAGUUUAAAAUAAAACAUAUUUUCUGACAUUAGGUCAAUCGAUAGUUAAAUAAACUUAGUCAAAUUGUUUCAAGUAAUUACUAUAUAAAACUGAAAUAUACUUAUAGUAUUAGGAUCAUAUUAUUUACAUACAUAGGUAGUGUGAUGCAGUUGAAUUUAAAUAAGUAUAAAACAUUGAUAAUGAAUAGUGAAUGGAAAAUAUAUCUAUUUUGGUUUGCUCAUGAACAUAUUGACUUUAGAGAAGCUGAGAUGGAAUCUAUUCUUAAUAUGUUCAAUGUAAAUAUAAAUGUUAGACCUAAAUGGAAAGAAAAUCCUUAUUGGAUAACUAAUUUACCUUCAGAAACUAUUGCACAUCAAAUUUCAAGUAGAGCAGUUUGUGUGAGGUUUUGUAUAGAAUUAUGGGCUAACAGUAAAACAUUGGAAGAGUUACAUGAUAAAUUAAAAUCUUAUCCAGUUACAGAAAUAAAAAGACAUACUGGAAACAACAAAUCAUUUAAAAUAAUAGUUGAAACAUUUUGUAAACACUUUCCACAAUGUGAAAAAGUAAACAAAAUAGAGUCUUUCAGUUAUUUACCCCUGGAAGGACCAGUGAGAUUAAAUAAUCCAGAUACAACUUUAUGUUAUGUAGAGUUUUAUGGAUUAAAUCCCAAUGACAUUCCUGAACAACCUUAUGAAUUGUUUUUUGGUAGAUGGAUUACAAGUGGACAAAGAGAUUUAAUCAGAAAAUUAUCCCUGAAAACUAGAAAAUUUAUAGGUAAUACUUCUAUGGAUCCUCAAUUGUCAUUAAUAAUGGCAAAUCAGGCUCUGGUUCAAAAAGGAGAUAUUGUUCUUGAUCCUUUUGUGGGUACUGGUUCUUUAUUAGUUGCUGCUUCUCAUUUUGGAGGAUAUACAUUAGGAACAGAUAUAGAUUUUCUAAUGCUUCACGGACGUACAAGACCUACUCGAAUCACACAAAAGAUUAGGGAGAAGGAUGAAAGUAUUGCCGCAAAUAUGAGUCAGUAUGGAAAACGAUCAUACUAUAUUGAUGUUGUUGUGUCUGAUUUUUCUUACCCUCUAUGGCGUUCAGAUAUGCGCAUAGAUGCUAUAAUUACGGACCCUCCUUAUGGUAUACGAGAAUCAACAGAAAGAAUAGGUACAACAAAAUCAAAUCCAGUAAUAGAGGAACAUCAAGCAUCAUCACAUAUACCAUCUAAAGUUGGUUAUGGUUUAACUCAAAUAUUUACAGAUUUAUUAAAUUUUUCGGCCAGGCAUCUUAAAAUGCAUGGCAGAUUAGUGUGUUGGUUUCCUUUAUUUAGAGAUCAAUAUUCAGAACAUCAAUUACCGACACAUCCGUGUCUAGAACUAGUUGCAAAUUCAGAACAAGUACUUAGUAUUUAUACUAGUCGAAGAUUAUUAACUUAUCAAAAAAUUCAGGAUCCAAAGGAAUCAGAUGAAGUGAUUUCUACGAAUUUAAUUGAUUUUCGAGAACAAUAUUUUGCAUUAAGGAAUGAAAGUCGAAAAGAAAAACGACUAAAGAAAGCUGUAGAAAAAGCUAAGAACAGAGAACUUUGGGAACAGAAUAAUAAAGAAAAUGCAAAAAGAUGACUCUUUAAUUAUUUUAUGUGUAACAAACAUUUAUUUCAUCCUUCAAAUUUCUUCUUUGUGAAUAUAUUUUUCACUAACCUUUUGCAGUUUGUGAUCAUAAAUCCAAUUUAAAGAAUUACAUAGAAUGUACAUAAACGAACGUGUAAUAAAUUUAAUACUGAAACAAUUUUUUUUAUUGAAAAUAAAGCGAUUCGUAAUAUUUUUGAACUAUUGUUUUGUCGAAUUAUAAUGCUUAUGAAACUAUUAAUAUAGUUCUUAUAUUUUU